AUGUACGCGUGCCAGACCUGCCAAUCGGCUAUUCGAUUGUUUGCGGAGGCAGCCCACAACGCACAACACGCCGCAGCAUUCAGCAAGGUCCCUCAGAUUUUUCCCGGAAAUGUUCCGAUCCAAGGCCAUGGACAUCUUGCGACCACCGCAGCCGGACCUAUUUUGGUUCGAGUUUGCCAGUCCCUUGUUAUUGCGGGGGCUCAAGGAGGUCGGUGGGACCUUCCAUCACCACAGGAGGACUGCGAAAGUUCAACGAUGUCCAUAUCUUGUGCAAUCCACUUCAUGCCGAUCGCCUUGACUCUGACAAUCCUGGCUCCGGCGGUCCGGGGCGCUGUAGUUGCCGCCAAUGAGAAGGCCCGAGUCUCGGUGACAGCCACCGGCAAAGCAGAAGACGAGGCUGCGCAUCACACUAUGCGAAGAGCUUCCGGAGAAGGAGCUUCUCUGGCAUCUGAAGGUGGCGAGGACAACUGGGUCGAGAACGUGGGAGGAGGUCCACAAGGCCCACCAGCAACGCUUCCUCUAGCGAUGCACGACUGGAAGGGGCCCCGGCUGAAUCUCCCACAGGAUCUGCGACUGUACAAAGGCCGGGAAGCAGGGCUCUGA